AAGAGGAAGUCCACUAUCUGUGUGUCAAAACACACUUUAUUCUUACUUGGGCCACAAGCAAGUGAAUUUAUCGCGUUUGGGGCUCAUAUUCAGCAUGGCUAAGCUUCAGUCUGGUAACGGAGUGCAGUGGAAGGACAGCAGGAGUCAGCGGGGCACGGUGGAGAGUCUGGCCGAGCACGAGAACUCUUCUCUGGGCUCGGACUCUGAGCUCAACGGCUUCGCCAACACGGAGAUCCAGACAGACAAGUACGGAUUCAUAGGAGGAGCUCAACAAAGCACAGGAGAACAUGAUAAUAUUCCUCCAGAUGUGCUCCGGCAGAGAGAAGCCAAAUGGCUGGAUAUGCUCACCAGUUGGGACAAGUGGAUGGCCAAAAAACACAAGAAGGUAAAGUUGCGCUGUCAGAAGGGCAUCCCUCCAUCACUCAGAGGUCGUGCGUGGCUUUAUCUCUCUGGUGGGAAAGUGAAGAAAGAACAGAAUCAGGGCAAAUUUCAGGAGUUGGACAGUCAGCCUGGAGAUCCUAAAUGGCUGGAUGUGAUCGAGAAAGACCUCCACAGACAGUUUCCAUUCCACGAGAUGUUCGUAGCCCGGGGAGGCCAUGGGCAGCAGGAUCUGUUCCGGGUGCUGAAGGCGUACACACUGCACAGACCAGAGGAGGGUUACUGUCAGGCUCAAGCUCCUAUAGCUGCAGUGCUGCUCAUGCACAUGCCUGCUGAGGAUGCAUUCUGGGGUCUGGUCCAGAUCUGUGAGAAGUAUCUGCCCGGAUACUACAGCGCAGGCCUGGAGGCCAUCCAGUUAGACGGCGAGAUCUUGUUCGCUCUGCUCAAGCGCGUGUCCCCGGUGGCCCACCGGCAUCUGAAGAAAUACAAGAUUGACCCUAUCCUCUACAUGACUGAGUGGUUCAUGUGUGCCUUCUCCAGGACGCUGCCCUGGGUGUCUGUCCUGCGCAUGUGGGACAUGUUCUUCUGUGAGGGAGUGAAGAUCAUCUUCCGUGUGGGUCUGGUGCUGCUGAAGUGCAUGCUGGGAUCUCAGGAGAAACUGAAAGCGUGUCAGGGCCAGUAUGAGACCAUGGAGCUGCUCAGAUCUAUUGAGCCACGAUACAUGCAGGAGGCUUUCCUAGUGCAAGAGGUCAUUGAGUUGGCCGUGUCUGAGCGAGACAUAGAGAAGGAACAUCUCUCUCAGCUCCGGCGCUGGAAGGAGACCCACGGAGAGCUGCACUGUAAAUCCCCUCCCAGAAUGCACGGCGCCAAAGCCAUCAUGGCCGCUGAGCCGCCCAGUCGCCAGGACCUCAAACAAAACCCCACGAUCGUCGUCGAAGUACCGCAGACCUCCGAGAGCAAGAUGGAGAAAGGGAAAAAAGCGAAGAGCAAAGUGGAGAAGAAAACAGACACGAAAAACACCUCGCCACCUCUUAAUCCGUAUCUGUUACCCAGCGACCCAGCAUUACAGAGCGAUAACCUCGCGCCCAGCGAAUCGCAGCACCUGCAGGAAGACACGCCCCCGCAGGGCUCCAAUCAGAGUCUCAGUAGCUCCGAACACGACACCUACCUGUAAAGCGCUGGAAGAGGGACGCCAGUGCUGACCGCUGAAUGUUUACUGUGCAGAAACAUCUGCCUCCCCACUCUCAGGAUUUGGCAUCGAAGGAGAGAUCACAUAACACAAAACAUACUUAUGGGAGUCACAAUCACAUAGGAGAGCAUGGAUAAAACCGUACAUCAUGAGGUUUUCAACUGUGUUUACAUGAUUAUAUGUAUAUGUGUGUGUGCAUGGUUGGAAAUGAAAUGAAGGACAAAGAGCAAAAACCAUCUCUCAGAUCUCCAAAUGAAGCGUUAAUGAGCUGCGCUGGAUGCAGAUGUUCUUAUGCUGUUUAAACUAGUUAUGAUUCCUGUUAGCGAGUGCAGAGGACAUACUGUAGUGGGAUGCAAGUACAUUUCCAUCAUCUGCCUCAGGAGACUGAAUUUGUCUGUUUUUGUAUUUUUAAA